AUGCCCUCCGCAGUCUGGCUCUUUUCGCCCUACCAUCGGACAUCUCCUACGAGUGCUACGUCGGUGCCUGAAGAGCUGAGGGCGCGCCCCCCAACAACGGUGACUGUGAUUGGCUCAGAGCCAAAUGAGCAGGCAGGCAACGAACGAGUCACGCAAAAGAGGUCAAGGACGCGUGAAGCAGUGACGUUAGCCAUGCCCAGACAGACUCGUUCAGUUUGGGGAAAUGGAGUCUGGAGCAUAGGUGAAGGGGCCUCAAGUCACCGGUCGCCUGAAACUGGACAUAGUGUGGGGGCUGAGAGUGUGGGUGCCUGGCUUGGGCAGGCAGCCUUGGAAAAGAAAGUGUUCUGGAAUCGCUCGCAAAAACGAAACGAAACACAAGAAUGGAAAAUGAGAGCUUGA